UUUCCAGUCAGAAAGAUGAUAGAUGUCACUACUGUCUAAAGAAUAAAGCGGCCUUACCGUGAAUUUUAUAUGAUAUUCAUGAUAUCAUAAUACUUCUAAUCAUGACUAAAUUGAUGAAAAACCUUGAAACGUCAAUUGCUGAAUUUGAUCGGUUAUUAAGUGAUAAAGAUUAUAAGGAGAUUCAUCAGCAGUUUAAUCUCUUAAAAGAAUUCAGUGUAAAUUUAAGAAAAGAGAAAAAAGUAAAUGUUGAGGCAGCUAAAAAGCCCAGUAAUACUAAAAAGAACAGAUAUGGUGAUAUACUUCCUUUUGAUGAAACGAGAGUUAUUUUGGAAGAUGACGGUUCUGGAGGCGACUAUAUUAACGCCAAUUGGAUAAAGGGAACAAAUGAUAAGAGAGCGUAUAUAGCAACCCAAGGACCUAUAGAAUUAACUAUUCCUCAUUUUUGGAGGAUGUUAUGGCAAACAAACGCAUCAACUGUUAUUAUGGCUUGUAAUUUUGAAGAAAAUGGAAAAAAAAAGUGUGCUGAUUAUUGGAUAUCAGGUGGUCUUCGUAUCUUUGGUGAUCAGAUAAGCGUUGGGGUCGUCAGUGAAACUGAAAUUAAUUCCUCAUUUUCUUACAGAAAGUUCAAAAUAACUAAUAGAAAAGAAGAAAGGUUCAUUCAUCAUUAUCACUACACCGCGUGGCCUGAUUACGGAGCUCCUAAGAACGUUGAAGAUUGUAUAGAAUUAUUAGAGUUAGCCAGAAAAGAAAACAAAGGGAUUAUGGUAAUUCAUUGUAGCGCUGGUUGUGGUAGAACAGGUGCAAUUUGUGCAUUAGACUAUUGUUGGUCUCUAGUAGAAGAAGAAAAAGUACCACAAACAAUCAAUUUGUACAAGAUUGUUGAAAAUUUAAGAAGGCAGAGACAAUCAAUGGUUCAGGCAGUAGAACAGUUAAUUUUCUUAUAUAGUGCGGUAAGGGAAUUAUAUCAUAGGCAAUUAAAGAUUUUGAAAAAGAAAAACCGAAGCUCAGAAGUAAUGAAGCAUAUUUAUGAAAAUCAAGAUGCAGUAUGUGAGAUAUUUGUUGGUGGGAAAACUGAUAAUUCAAAACCGAAGCCUGGAUUUACAAAACUAGCUGUUAGGCAAAACCAAGAAAAAGAACAUUCAUAUGUAAAUAUACAUUUAAAAGACUCUCCCCUCAAUGAAACUCCCUCAGCGGAAGAAACAAGUGAGAGCUAUACAUUUGGUGAGGGAGUUAAAAAUGAGAAUAAACGGGAUGAUGUAAUCUAUGAACCAGUAACUUGUGUACAACCUAAAGAAGACAACGUAGUAUCAAGAGUUACGCCUAAAAAGCCAAAUGUUAAAAUAAACGAGAAUGCAAAUAACGAAGAGGAUAUUGAAAAAGCUCAUAAAAAACCAAAAGAUAAGCCAGAGCGGAAGAAGGCUGUAGAUCUAUCACGAUUUGCUGUUAGUAAUAAGAUAACCAAUCGUUUACGACGAAACAAGAAUCCCCAUUCCGCUAUAGAUUCAGCUGCUGAUCAGUGUUGUUUAGAACCUGCUGAAAUUUGCUGUAAUGGACAGAGUCUAAGUUUUCCGAAUAAAAUUGAUAACGUUGGUGGACCAAGAGAAUUACCUGGAAAAUUCGAAAACUUGGGAAUUUGACUUCAAAAUAACAGAAAGCAUAAUCAUUUUUAACUUGAUGUUAUUACAUAUCUUCGCAUAAAAAAUGGAAAUAAUUGUACUUUUAAAUGAAUAUUUUAACUUUUAUCAAUGAAAUAAAAUACUAUGACUU